GUGUCGGCGCCAGGGCCCGGCCCGGGACGGGCGGCGGUACCGGCCCGGCUGGCAGCCCCCGCCCCGCUGGCAGCCCCCGCCGCCGCGCCCCGCCAUGUUCAACGUGGAGAGCCUGGAGCGCGCCGAGCUCGGGGAGAGCCUCCUCACCUGGAUCCAGACAUUUAAUGUUGAGGCACCAUGCCAGACCGUGGAAGAUUUAACGAGUGGGGUUGUGAUGGCCCAGGUUCUUCAAAAAAUAGAUCCAGUUUACUUUGAUGAAAAUUGGCUGAACAGGAUCAAAACGGAAGUAGGAGAUAAUUGGAGGCUAAAGGUAAGCAACCUGAAGAAAAUUUUAAAAGGAAUACUGGAUUAUAACCAUGAGAUUCUAGGGCAACAGAUUAAUGACUUCACCCUUCCUGAUGUUAACCUGAUUGGAGAGCACGCUGAUGCUGCGGAGCUUGGGAGAAUGCUUCAGCUGAUUUUGGGAUGCGCUGUUAAUUGUGAACAGAAACAAGAGUACAUCCAGACCAUAAUGAUGAUGGAAGAAUCAGUUCAACAUGUUGUCAUGACAGCCAUUCAGGAGUUGAUGAGUAAAGAGUCUCCCGUCUCUGUUGGAAAUGAUGCUUACGUUGACCUUGAUCGGCAGCUGAAGAAAACUACAGAAGAAUUAAAUGAAGCACUAGCAACAAAAGAAGAAAUUGCCCAGAGAUGUCAUGAGUUAGAUAUGCAGGUUGCAGCCCUCCAGGAGGAGAAAAGCAGCUUACUCGCUGAGAACCAGAUUUUGAUGGAACGUUUAAAUCAAUCUGAUUCUAUUGAAGAUCCCAAUAGCCCUGCAGGUCGUAGGCAUUUGCAGCUGCAAACACAACUAGAACAACUCCAAGAGGAAACAUUCAGAUUAGAAGCUGCCAAAGAUGACUAUCGAAUACGCUGUGAAGAACUAGAAAAGGAAAUUGCUGAAUUGAGACAACAAACAGAAGAACUUACUACAUUGGCAGAGGAGGCUCAAUCUUUGAAGGAUGAGAUAGAUGUACUCAGGCAUUCUUCUGAUAAAGUUGCCAAGUUAGAAAGCCAGGUAGAGUCAUACAAAAAGAAACUGGAAGAUCUGGGUGAUUUGCGACGGCAAGUGAAACUCUUAGAAGAGAAGAACACAAUGUACAUGCAAAAUACUGUGAGCCUGGAAGAAGAACUACGGAAAGCCAACGCAGCACGCAGUCAGCUGGAAACAUACAAGAGACAGGCAGUUGAACUACAAAACAGGUUAUCUGAAGAAUCCAAGAAAGCUGAUAAAUUAGAUUAUGAAUGCAAACGACUGAAAGAAAAAGUAGACAGCCUCCAAAAAGAAAAAGAUAGAUUAAGAACAGAAAGAGAUUCUCUGAAAGAAACCAUUGAAGAGCUUAGAUGUGUACAAGCUCAGGAGGGUCAACUCACCACAACAGGAUUGAUGCCUCUGGGAAGUCAAGAGUCUUCAGACAGUUUAGCAGCAGAAAUUGUUACUCCUGAAAUAAAGGAGAAACUCAUUCGCCUUCAGCAUGAGAACAAGAUGUUAAAGUUGAACCAAGAAGGUUCUGACAAUGAAAAGAUUGCCUUGUUGCAGAGCCUUCUUGAUGAUGCAAACUUACGGAAGAAUGAAUUGGAGACAGAAAACAGACUGGUAAAUCAGAGACUUCUUGAAGUGCAGUCCCAGGUUGAAGAGCUGCAAAAAUCCUUGCAGGAUCAAGGUUCAAAAGCUGAAGAUUCAGUUCUUCUGAAAAAGAAGCUUGAAGAACAUCUUGAGAAGCUCCAUGAAGCUAACAAUGAGCUACAGAAGAAACGAGCUAUUAUUGAGGAUUUGGAGCCAAGAUGCAAUAACAGUUCACUCAAAAUUGAAGAAUUACAAGAAGCUUUACGGAAAAAGGAAGAGGAAAUGAAGCAAAUGGAAGAGCGAUACAAAAAGUAUUUGGAAAAGGCCAAAAGUGUCAUCCGCACUUUAGAUCCUAAGCAGAACCAGGGUUCAGCUCCUGAGAUUCAAGCUCUGAAAAAUCAGUUGCAGGAGCGGGACAGAAUAUUUAAUUCAUUAGAGAAAGAAUAUGAAAAAACAAAAAAUCAAAGAGAAAUGGAGGAGAAAUUUAUUGUUAGUGCCUGGUACAAUAUGGGGAUGACUCUGCAUAAAAAAGCAGCAGAAGAUAGACUGGCUAGUACAGGCUCAGGACAGUCCUUCCUGGCUAGACAAAGGCAAGCCACGAGCACGAGGAGAUCUUACCCUGGUCAUGUCCAGCCAGCAACAGCAAGUGAUGUGGUUGCAUGACCUGCAGCAUUAUUGUAACAGGGACUGUUCAGUGCAUGACUUGCUUUUCUGUCCAGACUGCAUAACCAAAACUUAACCAGUUCUACACUUAAGACUCAUGGCCAUCUGAUUUCAAAGGGGGAUCUACUUGCAGAGAAGCUUACCAUCCUGGGGAGUGGCUUUCCCAUUUCCCGCUUCCAUUUACUCUUUCUCUUCACAAAAGGUCUCCUGUGAGGUUAGAAGAGAGAAAAUCCAAUAUUCAGAACUCAACAGGAGAUGUUCUGCAAACUGACAGAGCACUGUCAGCUCUCCAUUUUACUUCUGCCUGUCUACUUUAUUUGAUUUCAAUUAACAGUAUUAACACAGACUUCCUGCAACGUUUUAAUAUACUGAACUAUAAAAAUCUAGUCUUAUGAGUCCUAAAAAUGCUUUUUGGUUACUGUUAAGGUUUCAAAGCACCUGCACCCUUAAAGAAUCCACUUUGACUCUUUAAUUAAAUAAUUAAAGUAAAGCAAAGGAGGUGUUUUAUCAGGAGAAAUUACUAAUGAAUUGCUGCUUGGCUAUCCCAUCUUCCUUACAAAACCAGGCAAGGUUCAUCUGAUGAUCUCCAAGCCAGGCAAACUACUGGGUGGUACUUUGUUCACAGAACACUGCCUGCUUCCUUACUAUGUAUAUACACAGUAGUUUGUGGCUGUUGUAUUUUUCUCUCUGCAUUUUAGCUGUGUUGUCAGUUUCUUUCAGAAACAUUUUUUUUCAAUCUGUGUACAAUUGUUAAAACAAUCUGAGGAGAGAACUUGAAUGGAGAUAAGUAUGAAAGCUGUCUACACCUUCAGUAUUACACAGACUGUCCUUGCCAGUUUAUAAUUUGGGUCGUUCAUCUUCUACCUGUACUAUUUGUUUCUUUUCUCCUUACCGCAGUCUUAGCUAUUUAAUUUCCAAUUGCACUAGUUUGGCUGUUCUUUGUAUUAUGAAGUUUAGCUAUAAGAUUUGCCAUAUGUAGACAGUGUAACUCAAAAUGCUUUGUACUGCCUAUAUUAAUUUAAAAAGCUGCUUAUUUAAUAUUCUUAAAUAUCUGCACAUUUGUACUACUGUAUCUUUGUUUUGUAUUGGACAUUCAGUACUGGCAAGAUUCAGAAGAUGAGGAAUGCUGUAGCUUUGUAAGUUAGGACGUUUAUUGUAUACAAGUCAGUGUGUGAAGAAUGGGGAAGGGGGCUUUUAAGCCAUCCAACUUGCUGGAAAAUCUGAAGGGCCUGAAUGAUGAGUACUGUAAGUGGUUUGGUUGAAGUCCAGUUCCAGAGAAACCCCAUUCUUGCUCACUUGGACCUUAAUCCUGCAAAAAUAUAAAUAUGUAUGUACUCUGCUUGCUCCAAGAAUGGUUUUGCUUAUCCAGGUGGUAGCAUAACCACCAGACCUGUUUCCCAUGUUAGCACCCCCAUGCUGGAGUAAUGUUGUGUCUCUAGUCUUUGCAGUCACUUCUGGCCAUGAAACACAGGGUAUGUCUUGUCCUGGGCCCUUCAAGUGGGCCUCACCUGGUGUGCUCAGACACCCACGUGUGUUCAGUCCUCAGGGAUCCUGAUACCACUGAGUUGUAGCGUCGUGCAAAAUGACUUGGAGAAAAGACAGAUCAUGUCCCCAUCUCUGUUUCCCCAGGAGAGUCUGUGCCACCUGGCAAAGGGAAGAGCAGGUAGGAACAGGCUCCAAGCCGACUGUGCAGGGGAGGGAAGGGUAAGCAUUAAGAUCCCGGUGAGAAGUGUCUGGCAUGUUCCCUUCUGGAUACUGUACCAGAGGGGAAGCCUCUGGUGGCUGCCAGGUGCUCUGGCUGACAUAAGUCAGGAAAGAUUCCAGGAGGGGGAUGUGUCUUUCCUGGUCCACUGGGACCUUGGACAGUGAAGUCUGAUGUGACCUGCAGGCAGGAUGUGGGGUUUGGUGGUGAGAAGUCAGGUGUUCCUGCAGCAGAGGCAGCAAAGCUUUCAUCAGACUGAGUCCAGCAGAGAGCUAAAGGAUUUGUGUCUUACUGGGUCAGAGCCAUGGGUCCCUUGUUACAUGUCAGAGCAAGUGUUAUUAGAAAACAUUUUAGCUGGGUGUUAAAGGCAUGGUUUGUUUCUCAUUUGUAAGUGCUGCUUUGACUGGGAUCUCAGACUGCCCCACAGCAGGCUGGAUGCAGGAUCCCUGGAAUCAGUGGCUCUGUGCAGGGUGGGAGGGGAUGGCUCUGUUUCUGUGCGCCUGCCUGCACAGGAGUCCCAAGAUGAAUCCGAGCAGUACCUCAUUUCUCCAAGUGGUCUGUGCAAAUUAGAGACUUAAGUAUCAGUUGUUCUCGAGCCUGAAGACAUAUCUAAGUGCGUUUAUCUUGUUUGAGUUCACUAAUGCAACAGAGGGAUGUUGGGUGCAGCCAGUAACUUUCAGCAAGUGAGCUGGCAGCUUCAAUUAGAUUAGCCUAGCAUCUCUGUCAUGAAGUGAUUGCGAGCUCACAACUCAGAGGGGAUCUCCAGCAUGUCUCUGAUAUACUAACUUCAUUUGUACUGCAUAGAAGACUCUUUUACUUUCUUAAUAGCAGCUUGUUUGACAGUCUUGAAUUAAGUGUUGACCAAUUAUCAAAGUAACUGUUUGUGAAGUUGCCAGUGAUUAUAUUUUCUGUAAAAGAAUGGAAUCUUAGAGUGUCAAAACAUUUACUUCCCAUUUCAGUUCAUCUGCAAAUUGUGUAACUACCAGAUUGUCAUGGUAGCAGUAUUAAUAUACAUAUCUGUAUAUAGACAAAAAAAAUUCCUUAGUAAUGAUCAUUGGAAUCAAAAAGUUUAAUAUUUUUCCCAGUCAAAUACACUAAUGCUUCCAAGGUGACAUAAGAGUGUACAGUUGUUAAACAAGUUGUAAAUAAACGCUUCUAUAAAAUGUAAA